AGAUAGGAAGCAGAAAUGGACGGCGGAGAUGGGUGGCGCGUGAUAAAUUAUGCAGGUGGUGCGCAGGAUAAGUCGAUGUUUAACCAGAUGAUGCUCCGGUUCCGGCCAAUUGCUCCGAAACCGGCUAAUGGUUUGGAUUCUAAUCACUCUUCGUUGAAGAACAACAGUGUUUUAGUUUCGAAAAGAAGAAAGAAGAGAAAAUAUGUUAGGGUUUGUAAGAAUAAUAGAUCACUGAGAAGAACUCGGAAAAAGAUUUGCUUAGCAUCAUCAUCAUCCUCAUCGGAUCAAGAAAAAGGUAAACAAAAUGAGAUCGGAGAAGACGGUGGAUUUAACAAGACGGUAACGCUUCAAUUGUUGCCUGAGACGAGUGAUUAUUCGACUGAAAGAGAGAGAUCUUGGUGCAACCAACUGAAUAACAAUAAUAAUAAUAAUCAAGACGAAGCUAUAGAGCUUAAGUUAAAGCAGCCAUCGAUGGUUGAUCUGAAUACUUCUGAUCGGAGACAGAAGGUGGUUGUAGAGUCAUGGGUGACGGUUGAAUGCGUGACAGACGCAUAUGAAGGAGGAGGGUUAGGUUGUACGGACAUGGAAAGGUUGAAGAAUCUAGAAGACAGCACGUGUCCUGGAUUUAUAUCAGACGGAUCUGAUACAGUGAAGUGGAUUAACGGAGCUUAUAAAAGGAUGAUGAUGAUGACAACAGAGUCGUCGUCGUUGAUGGAAAUAAUAGUGUGGUUGGUGACGAAAGAGAAGCUGACGCCGUAUGUUUACAGCUCGGCAUUUACGUGCUGGGUUAGGUUACAGUAUUACAUAACAAUGGAUGACAAAGAGAAGAGUAAAAAUAGUUCAAGAUUGGUGCCGUGUGAUGUUUGGAGAAUGGAGUGUGGAGGGUUUGCAUGGAGACUGGACGUCGAGGCUGCACUCAGUUUAGGUCGCUGAACUCAAACCCUAAUGAAAUAAUCAGGAAAGGACACAGGGACGAACUUAUUCAGUUGGGGGCAUUAUAGUAUUUUAAUAUGGGCUAGUAUAAAAGGAUUAGCUAGCUCAUGGUAUAUAUUAAUUAAUAUGUGUUUAAUAAGCUAACAAUGCAGUAUGGUAUUGCAUUUGGUGAAUGACAAAAUGUCACACCAUAUUAAAUCUUAAACUAUUAAAGGUAUGUAUCAGUUAUUUCUUAAA